UGAGCAUCACAGUGAGUUUCAGUGCAUUCAACGUCUGCUCAAAGAGGGAAGAAGAAGAAAUGUCCUGCCUGAAGAAUUUCAGUCUUCUCAUCUCAUGUGUGCUCCUCUUCAUCAUCCAGCCAGGUCGUGGUUCUGAGAUUAUUAAUGGGAAAGAAGUCAAGCCACACUCACUGCCUUUCAUGGCUUAUGUGAGAAGCAGGACAACAAAUCUUUUCUGUGGAGGGAUAUUAAUCCAUCCACAGUGGGUCCUGACAGCUGCCCACUGCCAUGGGAUGGAUCAGGUGACCCUGGGAGCCCACUCCAUCAGUAGAGAGGAAAAAUAUUCUAAACAAAUCCGAGUCAUUGAGGAACAUUUUCCUCAUCCUCAAUACUGUUGUGCAUUCCACAACAAUGACCUCAUGUUGCUGAAGCUUGACAAACCGGUGAGGAAAACCAGGGCCGUGCAGUGGCUCGAGUUUGGCAACACUGUGAGAGACCCGGAAGCUGGCAGCAAGUGUCUGGUGGCUGGAUGGGGAAUAACCGAAACAGAACGAAUAUCAGACGUCCUCAUGUCUGUCAAUGUGACUGUGGUUGACAGACAGACCUGCAACAGACCUGAUUAUUACAACCACAUACCUGUGAUCACCAGAGACAUGAUAUGUGCUGUUUCAGAUGGUACAAAAAUCACUGAUACCUGUCAAGGGGAUUCAGGAGGGCCGCUGUUGUGUGAUGGAGCGCUGGUUGGAGUCACUUCUUUUGGACACGAAGAUGGUUGUGGUAUCAUUAAAAAACCUGGAGUCUACGCAUUUGUCUCAGAGAGUAAACUCUACUGGAUCAAAUCCACGAUGAAGUUAUUUUAAAUGUCGUGAAACCACAGCCGUCAGUCAGAGUGAUUAUAUCUGUCAGCGCUGUAUCUGAAGACCAUUAUCCAUUUUAUCAUCUCACUGUUCCUCUUCCAUUUUAUGAUAUUUUAGUUUCUGCUAGCUUGCUAUACUUUUUUAUAGAUUCUGCACUUGGCUAGUCUGCUGCAUGAACUUAUGGCAGAUAAAGACAAACAUUAAUUGGACUGACCUCCUAACCUCAUUUUAGGCCUACUGUAUACAAAAUUGGACACCGUUUGGCAUUUUACCCUCUUUCACCACCUCUAAUACAACCAACCUAAACAAAAAUGAGGAUUGUCAACAGGUUUUUUGAAAAAUAUUAAAAGAAUUUUAACAUUCUUGUUUUUUUUUUCAUUUCAUUUUAUGACUGCGUGCUUGAAAACCAACUAAACAAACAUUUUUCUAUAUACUUGCUGAUUUUCUACUUUCUAAUAAAGCUGGAGGCAUGAAUAAA